UGGCUCCAGCAGUGUGUCCCAAGUGACCCAAGACAUGGCCACGAGGAUGUUCCACAUGGCUCAGUUCCUGCGGAGGAAGGGCCCCAUUGCGAGCAAGGAGCAGUUUGUUGCCUGUGCCAGGCAAAUGGUUGCCGAUGGGCAAGUGGUUGUUAAGUUUGGGAACAUCCUCGCCAAGCACUGCCUGGACCAGAGAUGCUCCAUGGAGCUGCUCCAUAGCACUGAGCACACUCAAUCCAUCAGCAGCCAGCUCAGCAUCGUGGCCAGGGUGAAAGCAGUGACUGGGGAGAGCAAGGCCUCCUUUGAGCUGCUGCUGAGCAAUGUGCAGAACCUCAUUCAAGCAGUCCAGCAUGUCCUGAGGGCGGCCGAGGCGGCGAGUGUCAAAGGUUUGGGACAACCCCCAGCAGACCCUGAAGAAGAAGAAGUUGCUGCUUUCUGCCAGCAGUGGAGGAAAAACCUGACACAGCACAGAGCCAAGGAGGCUUUAAAUUCUGAUCGGGAUGAAUUAGGGCUCCGGAAAACUCGAGGGGCAAAGGCUGAACCCACCCUGAUGUCUCUGGGGCAAGAGCAACCUCCUCGGAGUGAGACUAUCCCAAAGCAUCCCAAUCCUAGGAAAGGACAUACGGUUAUGGAGAGGCAUCUGUAAAUCCAGAAAGGGGCUCCUUGUCCCAGUGCUGUUGGAAGCAAAGGAGGAAUACUUUGCAGUAUGAAGGAUUCACGCUCGAGUUUUUCAUUGUGGCAGGAACAGGCUCCAUGGGGAGGCCAGGAAUCUUCUGGUGAGUGUUUUACCCCCAGGUGGUGAGAUGGGAUGGAUAAGACUUUGGAGAAUUCUUAUCCAAUGGGAGGUGUUGGAGGUAUUCCUGCCCAUGGCAGGGCGUGAAAUGGGAUGAGGUUUAGGUUCCUUCCCACCCAAACUAUUCCAGGAUUCUGUGAUCCAGAGAUGCUCAGGCUUUCUGCCGACUUUCAGCCUUUCCUCCUUCACAUAUCCAGGGAUACAGCAGUGGGGGAGCAUUUUGUAUCACCUGUUGCCCCUGAGCUUGCAGAUUUCUUCCCAAAAUCCCACUCAGCCCCAGGAUUCUCUCCUAUCCAGAGUAAACAUUCAGUCCCCAAGAUC